UUGCCGCAUUUGCUUGAAUUUCAUUGGGCCCUCAAAUGAUCAACAUAUUUCCGAACCCGGAAGUCGGAAAGCUUCGCAAUUGCAACUUUGGUGAGAUGCUAGGUUAGAAGUUGAUGAUUAUCUGUAAAUGUCGCUUACAUUUAGCUAAUACGUGUAAUCUUAACCCAAAAUGUCCAAACUACAGCUGUUGAAUGUAUUUAUCACAGAGCGGUUAACAGCAGCAGCUGUUGAGAUAUUUGGAGAAAAGAAACCAGAGUACCAUGAACAAUUAAAAUCAGCGGCAGUUGAUAUAUUUAGGUUAGUGGAAAAGACAGUAGCGGAGUACCUGGAAGAGAUCUCCAGUUCAAAGAAGGAGAACUGUCGUCUACGGAGGCUUCUUGCACAUUUCGGAGCAGACCCCCAACAGCUAAAUGAGGAGAGUACACCCAAGCAGCAGCAGCACCCACCAUCCCGCGAUCAGGAAUCCACAGAGGUCACACUGACUACACUGCAACAGGAAAAACUCGAGACAAAUCAGUAUUCCACAGAGGUCACACAGUUCAUAUUCAAUCAUCCUUGUGUAGAAAGUGACUGCACUCAGCACAGUGAGAGGGACACUCUACCCACUGACAUCGCUGUCCUAAUCAAAACAGAACCUGACGAUAGAGGGGACUAUGGAGGAACUCAGCAUCUCUCUGCUCUAGGCCUACAGCCAGACUCGCCAGUCUGCACUGGGGCCAAAACAACCAGUGCCCUAAAGGCACCGCUGAGGGCACACAAAGACAAGAGGUUACACAUGUGUACUGUGUGUAGAAAAAGCUUCGCCAGGGCGGGCCAGUUGAAAAUACAUCAGAGAAUUAUUCACAUCGGUGAGAAACCUUACAGCUGCCCCGAAUGUGGCAAAUCCUUCAACCACAAGGAAAUCUUGGAACGGCAUGUUAGCACUCACACGGGGGUAACCCCUUAUAAAUGCCCUGUGUGCAGUCAGUGCUUCAUUAGCAGAAACCAUUUAGGGAAUCACCAGAAAAUACAUCAGAAAGUUAAAAAGCUGUAUAAGUGCAAAGAAUGCUCAAAGUCCUUUAAAGGGAAGGGUGCGUUGGUCAGGCACAUGAAGACUCACAACAGAGAAAAACCAUAUCAGUGCUUUGAGUGUGACAAAAGCUUCACACGUCAGGGACAUCUUAAAGAGCAUAUGAGGUCCCACAUAGGAGGGGAGAGCCUAUUUAAAUGUCCUAUUUGUGAGAAAUCCUGUAUAUCAGCUGUUGUUCUUAAACGGCAUCAGUUAAUUCACACCUUGGAGAAACCGUACAACUGCAAGGACUGCGGGAAAACCUACAGCCUGAAGGCAACGCUAAAGGAGCACAUGAGGAGUCACACAGGGCACCGACUUCAGUGCCCUAUGUGUGAAAAAUGUUUUACCUUUAAAGCAGGUCUGAGACAGCACCUCAAAACUCACAACAGGGAGAGACCGCACAGCUGCAGUGACUGCGGUCAAAGUUUCAGCCGGAAAUCAGAUUUGAUAGGGCACAUGCGAACUCAUACGGGAGAGAGAUUAUUCAAGUGCCCACUGUGUGAGAAGUGCUUUAUAUCAGACUGCGAUUUAAAACGCCACCAGCGAAUCCACACCGGAGAGAAGCCAUACAGUUGCAAGGAGUGUGACAAAAGCUUCACCCUUAAGGGAGGCCUGAAAACACACAUGAAGAUACACACAACUCGGAAACCAUACUGCUGCAGUGAUUGUGGCAAAUGCUUCCUCCACAACACCAGACUGACGGACCACAUGAGGAUCCACACGGGGGAGCAGCCAUACAAGUGCGACGUCUGUGGAAAAGCCUUUGUCUACUCCAGUGACCUAAAAAAGCAUGAGAGAAUUCACACAGGAGAGGAACCAUACAGGUGUGUUGAAUGUAACAAAUGCUUUAACUACGAGGGCAACCUGCUGAGCCAUAUGAGGUUACACACAGGGGAGACCGGGGAGGAAGGGGAGGAGCCUCCAGCAUAUCUAUGUAGCCAGUGUGGCAAAAGCUUCCAGAAGAUGCAAAACCUAAAGCAGCACAUGAAGAGUCACAGGGAAAAGGUCCUGCUGCAUUGCACGAUGUGUGAAAAGGCUUUUCCAAAAGAAAGCCAACUGAAACUCCAUGAGAGAAUUCACACUGGAGAGAAACCCUACCUAUGUAACACUUGUGGCAAAAGCUUUAGCAGGAAAGAACAUCUGAAUGGUCACAUGAGGACUCACACAGGGGAGAAACCAUACAUGUGUCCUUCAUGUGGUAAAUGUUUUUUAUCAACAAGUGAUCUGAAACGGCAUCAAAGAAUUCACACUGGAGAGAAACCGUUUCGCUGCAAUAGUUGUGACAAGUGCUUCAAUCAGAUGAGUUCCCUUAAAUCGCACAUGAAUAAUAUUCACAAGAGGGAGAGUCUCUAGUCGUGCUCCUACUCAGGAGUAAAGAGUCCCCAUGCAAAGAUGCAUACUAAUUGUAACUGACACUGCUGUGCCUGUAUGCUGUACAUAUGAAGGAACAAAGUUCACUUGUUUUAUGAAGACUCUUUGUUGAAUGUUUACUAAACGUCUGAUUAAACAUUAUUGA